AUGUCUUCAGGAAAGUCAGCAAGCAGCAAGGUGUCCGACAAGGUCCAGCAGGUCGCGCAGGAGGACUUCAACCAGGCCAAAGCCCUGGCAAACGAUGCUGUUAGGUCAGGCGCCUACCUGUAUCCAUUCAAGGGCAUCGCGUACUUCUUCACGCACCGCGCGCUAUGGCGUCCUCUCGCUGCGAAGCUGAUCCCCACCAUCUCCCUCGGCCUAGGUGUCACGGUGUUCAUGUUCGUGGUGACCUACGUGCCCCAAGCUGCCGUCCUCACUGUCUUCAACGGUCCUCUUGCCUUUGUCACGACCGUGCUGCUUGUCCUCAGCGAGAGCUCCACCAUCUUCAACGUGCUAAGCAAGAACUUUCUCAUUGACGAUGCGCUCAUCGAUACCUUCGAUGGCACCCUCAUGUCGCGCGACAUGACCACGCUGGUCGCGAAGGAGCGCGCCGUCAAGUCUGGCAGCGACCCAAUCGCAAAGCUGGGCAAGCUCGCGACCAAGCCGUUCGCCAAGUUUGCACCCAGCGCCAUCAUUCGCUACUUCAUGUACCUUCCGCUGAACUUUAUCCCCAUCGUGGGUACCGUCCUGUUUGUGAUUCUACAGGGACGCAAGUUCGGACCUACUGCACACGCGCGCUACUUCCAGCUCAAGCAGAUGAACAAGCAGGAGAAGGAUCAGUUCAUCGAACGCCGCAAGGCUGCCUACGCCAGCUUUGGUGUGCCCGCCGUCCUCCUGGAGAUGGUUCCAAUCGCCGGUAUCCUCUUCUCAUUCACAAACACCGUCGGCGCAGCGCUCUGGGCUGCAGACAUGGAGCACACGGAUGCAAGCGGACAUAAGACCACCGCACCAGGUCUGCGCAACCAAGCGGCAGAUGCAAGAAAAGAGCUGUAG